AGAAGAGUCAUGUUUUAGUACAUUUGAGUGUCAAGGAGUGCAAAAGAGGCAGAAAUUACAUAAAUAUUGCAGGUUUUCCGUGGUUAUAUUGUGUAAGAAUGGCUCGCUCAAGUAGUCCACCGCGUUUCAACAACUACGAAGAAGAUCCCGUAUUUCAGAAUGUAAAUUUUACUCAGGAUAUCAGUGAACAAAUGCGUGUGCCCAAAAGUAUCAAAGCUACGGGAGAAUAUUUCGAUGAACGAGACAUUCUCCCAGGAAGUGCAAAUCUCAAUUCAUGGAAUUACUCAGAGAAAAUUGAUAUGACUGUGCCGGAUCGGAUUGUGGUGAUUGGUCAGGAGCAGCAUCAUGUUCUCGGUUCAGGAACACGCUCAGCACCGCGUGAGAUUCUCCUGGAGAAUUCCAUUAUGUCCAAGGGGGACACGGGACAGGUGCGAGUGUCAACCCCACCGAGAACCAUUUCCCUGGCCGAACACUAUUUCCCCACAGCCUCAGAGGCUGAUGAUUCUCCGCGGCAAGAUGUUGAUGAAGAUUUUGGCAGCACCGAGGCUCAUGGGGACGGAAAUAGAGCAUCUGCAAGGCAUCCCAAGUACUCCAGUCAUGCAGCUGAACUCGUCAUAAGUCACAGUCGGGAGAGUACACCUCCGAUGAGCCAAUCACUCAUGGAGGGCAUGACACCGUCUGAGGAAGUGGUGCAGCUGAGGCGUCACAUUAAUAAGCUCAACCGCCGGGUGUACUCAAUUGAGAUGAAGAAUAUUCAGCGGGAGCAACGGGAGAAGAUUGUCUAUUGCCUUGGAUUGGCAUAUUUUAUCAUUAAGGCUUUCCUCUGGCUCAAUAGAAAUUGAGCCGAGCAAAUUCUCAUCCAUUACUCACCCCUGCAAGGCAUUGGAAUUCUUCAGCAGGAUGCUCCUACCCUGAGAUCACCAAAGGAAUUGCCCAAAAUCUCAUUCAUAUGGAGACUCUGGGAGGAAUUUCAUGCGGCAAGUGUAUCUUUAUUUUUUCUUUUUUCAAAGCAGGUAGUUUGUAGAAAAAAAAGAAAAAGUUUCCUCAGGCGCCCUGAAUUAAAAAAAAAUUAAAGUCCUCAUUUUUUUUUCGGCAAAUAUCAACAUUUUUAUUGCAUCUCUCUAAUAUACAAUUAAUGAGUAAGAAUUUGUUUCUUUGUGAUAAAUACAAUUAUACAUAAUAAAAAAAGUAAUACAAAAUGAGUAAUAAAUCCUUGAUCACAUUUUCUUUUCUUUCUUUCCAAGUUGCAAAAAGAAAAAAAUAAAACAGAGGAAAAAUGAAUUACAAUUUGAGAAUUUAGCGGAAACAAACAAAAAAAACUACCAACUUGUAAAAGCGAAUAGCAUAAAAUUAUUUCCAUUUUUUUAGUUGAGUAGAGAAAUCAAGUGUAAAAUAAUUUAUAAUAAAAAAAAUUAUUAUUACGAGAAUAAAGGUUGAAAUGCAAACCAA